ACCUCGUAGACCCAACCUCAAUCGAGGCCAUGAAGAUCGUCGACCAGGUCCGGGAAGCAUGUAUUACGACCGGAUUCUUCCAAUCAAUCGGUCACGGGAUCCCACGCUCGCUGCAAGACGAGGUCUUUGCGGGCGCGGCUGCAUUUUUCAAGUUGCCGUUUGAGGAGAAGAAGAAGUUGGACAAGGGCGAGUCAGUUGGGGCUAGUAACCGGGGCUAUGAACUUAUUGGGAAUCAAGGGCUACAGGAGGGAACUUUGCCUGAUUUGAAAGAGGGAUUUUACGUUGGCAAGGAAAUACCAACCACGGAUCCGAGGGUGCAGAAUAAUGCGUUCUUAAUGGGACCAAAUCUCUGGCCGCCGACAUCCAUGGUGCCUGAGAAAGUCUUCCGAGAGCCUAUGGAAAAGUACUACGACCUCAUGUUCAACCUGUCCCUGACCGUCAUGGACAUCCUCGCCGCCGGCCUCCCUUACGGUCCCAAAGUAUUUGAGGAAUUCGUCUCAAACGACGCAGUAGCAUCUAUCCGUCUUCUGCACUACCCACCUCAAACCACUAGUGCCGAAAACCAGCUAGGAGCCGGCGCGCAUACAGAUUUUGGCGCCAUAACUCUCCUUCUCCAAGACGAGAUCGGGGGCCUUCAAGUCUGGGACAGCGAAGGCAAAAACUGGGUCGAUGUCACGCCCAACAAAGAUUCGUACGUUGUGAAUGUGGGCGAUAUGCUGCAGAUGUGGACGAGUGGGAGGUAUAAGAGUAGUUUACACAGGGUUAUUAAUAAGAGCGGGACGGAUAGGUAUAGUGUUCCUUAUUUCUUUGAUGGAAAUAUUGAUUGUGUGUUGAAGCCGCUGGAUGGGAGUGCGGUGGAGGGGGAGCCGUUGACGGUUGAGGGACAUAUGAGAGAGAGGUUCUCAAGUACAUAUGGGAGGGGCAAGAAGAGGGAGGAUGACAUGCCGAACUUUAAGGCCUGAGCUCUGGCUUUCUAGAAUGGGCUUUGCUCGUAAAAGUUUUGGACAGGGCAAGAUAGCGAUUGCGAUGUUAGCCCCAUCUCUUGCAUUCUUGGAACCUUCAUUAUCGCUUGUCGCCCGAAACGAAAAAG